UGAAUUUCAGUUAAUCACAACACUCGAUAGUCCAAGCCCAGCAGUUCCCAAAGAUCCCAGUACAAUUCAAGAUGAAGUUCCUUUUCGUGGUCGCUCUUAUUGCCUUGGCCAUUCAGUUGGCUUAUUCUGCAAGUGGUACUGACGAUACUGCCACGACUACCACUGCUGCCACCACUACGACAACCACUGCAGCAACAACGACAACAUCGGCGUCGGCAACCACCUCGACCACUGCCUCAUCCACCCACAAGAAGCGUUGCUGGAAGGGCAACAACUGGUGCCACACUCGCAUUCCGAAUAAGAAGUGCAAGAACCCCAAAAGGUGCCACAAAACCGUCGUGAUUGUGACCCACAGGAAAAAUUAACAU